UUUAACUAUUUAAACGCUUGCACUUACCCUGUGUAUUUUAUAUUGAACUAGGAGACCUAAUAGUGUUGAACGUGAUAAUCCUUACUUUGGUUUUCUUACAGAGCUUACGGCGGUUGGCCGUGGAAUUUUCUAAUCAGGCUGAGCUUAUUUAGGACGGUAAUGUGAAUUCCCUUUUCUGGGUCGCUUUUUACUGUGGAAAUCUGCUGGUAUUCACACAGCCUCUUGGGAAAAUCGUUGUUUGCGCAUCAUGCCAUAAUGAUGGAUCGAGGAUGCUGAUACCCUUUCGACUGGAUUCUUUUAACUUUUCUAUCAAGCUGGUUUUGGAUUAUCAUUUAUGAUUUCGAUGUCGCAUCCAUGGUUUGUUCUGUCUCGCAGUUAGCCUAAUAUUGGACUCCACGAGCGGGCAUCAUGUGCUUGGAAAUGAUAGAUAUGGAUUUUUGUCCGUCCUAGGGAAUAGUGAGGUAUGUUCCAUGGUGAAACUACAGUUUUGACACACGGAUACUCUUACUCGCUUAAAUUCCGAGGACCACGACGGACAGGUGCGCGUUGGAAUCGGCGGCUGCGCGUAGAGACUGGGGUCGUGGAUUAGAACCGUACGGUCUGAAGAGAGCGCGUGUCAUGCGGACUCAGGUCUCGCGCCCUGGAAGGCUUUAAAACCUGUGGACAGGAGCUGACAGAUAAGCGGAUAUGGGCUCUGCCGUGCGGCGCCGCUGGCUUCUGGUGCCGCUGCUCAUGCAGGUGUGGCUGGCAGCAUCUCCAUCCCUCAGUGAGCGCCCAUGCCCCAAGAGCUGUCGCUGCGAUGGGAAAAUUGUGUACUGUGAGUCCAGCGCCUUUCGUGAUGUGCCCAAAAACCUCUCAGGGGGCUGCCAAGGUCUGUCCCUACGUUAUAACAGCCUGGCCAGUCUUAGAGCUGGACAGUUUGUGGGCCUCAACCAGCUUAUCUGGCUGUACUUGGACCAUAACUACAUUGCCUCUGUGGACGUACUGGCCUUCCAAGGUGUGCGGAGGCUCAAAGAACUUAUCUUGAGCUCCAACAAGAUCACAAUGCUUCACAACACCACUUUCCACCCAGUUCCCAACCUUCGCAACCUGGACCUGUCCUAUAACAAACUGGCAGCCUUGCAGCCAGGUCAGUUCCAGGGCCUCCGCAAGCUACUUAGCCUGCACAUGCGUUCCAACUCCUUGAAAAGCAUUCCUGUGCGUCUGUUCCAGGACUGUAGAAACCUGGAGUUCCUGGACCUGGGUUACAACCGUCUGCGCAGCAUAACCCGCAACGCAUUCUCUGGCUUGCUGAAGCUGACUGAGCUGCACCUGGAGCACAACCAGUUCUCUAAGAUCAACUUUUCCCACUUCCCACGCCUCUACAAUUUGCGGGCACUUUACCUGCAGUGGAAUCGCAUCCGCUCCAUGAGUCAGGGCCUGACCUGGACCUGGUCCUCCCUGCAGAAGCUAGACCUGUCUGGCAAUGAUCUGCAAGAGGUGGAUGCUACAGUCUACCAAUGCCUGCCCAACCUUCAAACGCUCAAUCUGGAUUCGAACAAACUCACCAAUGUUUCCCAGGAGACCGUGUCAGCCUGGAUUUCCCUGACCACCAUCAGCCUGGCCGGGAAUGUGUGGGACUGUGGUGCAGUUGUCUGCCCCCUGGUGGUUUGGCUGAGGAACUUCAAGGGGAACAAAGAGACCACCAUGAUCUGUGCUGCCCCCAAGGAGGCCCAGGGUGAGAAGGUCAUGGAUGCUGUAGACACCCGUGGUGUGUGUCGGGCUACCACCAACACACCCCUGAUGGCCAGCGCACCACCUUCCCCCUUUAAUGGCCCAGGCCAGACAGAGCGCCGCCCAGCCUACCCCACGACCCUGUCCGGGGGGGAAAAUAGGGGGGAGGGAUCUGUUGGGGGCCCUACGUCUCCAGCUGUUACCCCGCCUGUGGUGCCACCACCUGAACAGGAAUUUGAGUCUGUGUCUUUUCACAAGAUUGUGGCAGGGAGUGUUGCCCUUUUCUUGUCCGUGGUGAUGAUCCUGCUGGUUAUCUAUGUGUCGUGGAAGCGCUAUCCAAGCAGUGUGAAGCAGCUGCAGGAGCACUCGGCCGCGGCUCGCAAACGCCGGAAAAAAGCCAGAGAGACUGAACGCACGCUGAGUUCACCACUGCAGGAGUACUAUGUGGACUACAAGCCCAACAAUUCGGAGGCCAUGGAUGUGCUUGUCAAUGGGACGGGGCCCUGCACGUACACCAUCUCAGGCUCCAGAGAAUGCGAGGUCCCACACCAGAUGGGCGCCCUGGCGUACUACCGGUAUGAGCAGCCUGUUGUGGACUACUGCCAGGCCCAUCAGCCCCUGCGGCUCAACAUGGGCUACGAGGGCCCCCCGCAGGGACUGGAGGAGCUGGGGCCACGCGACAGGGCCACCAUACAGACUGUAGCGCUGCCUGCCGUGCCCUUUGCUGCCACUGUUGGGGUGGGGCCUGGGCCUCGCUCACCACCCUCCAUCCUCAGAGCCCCGUCCGAGGGCCCUAGUGGCCCCUUCCCUCCCCCAGAACGCAGCACCACGCUUACCUUCGGACGCUAAUGGCUGGAGCGAGAGGAUGACUUUUGAGGCGGGCAGGGGUGAUACAGAUCCACCAUGACUCUUGAGUAGAGGGAGAGGGAGUUGGGGGUUUCUAUAGGGUGUUUCUCAGCACACUGGCAUGUAAAGGCCACAAGGGGGCAGAGGUGAGGAGAGGAUAACAAAUAAAAAGAUCAAUUUUAAAAACAUGGCUUGAGGCCAUCUGGCAUAUGGAACGCGACCAUUAGGAAGGAUGAUGCUGCUGGGAGUAUUGCGAUCCUCUCUCUUUCUUUUACCAAACACUUCAAAGCUGCCCUCCUGCUCCCAUCCUCCUGGCUCCUGGGAAAUUGAAAUGUGAUGCAACAUGCAUGACACGUUAAAGCAUCGCUUUGGUUACAGCUCUGGCCCAUGCAGCGACAACACUGUAGGGUGCCUGUUCCAAGGAAUGGAUAAUGACAGUUCUCUCAUGCUGUGUGAGGAGUGAGAAAGGAAUGUGCAAUAAACAAGGUUUCCGGAGGACAGAAAUGAUGGAGAUAUAAAGCAAGAGACAACAUCAUGAUACACAAUAAUGUUUACCAGAGUUCAAAAGCUCGCUGUUACUCGCAGUAAAAUUACCAGUCAGCGGUCAUAAUGCUAUCUUAUGGGAAUCAUUAUUUUAUUAAAAUGUUCAAAUGUUCAAAACAGGAGAAUGUCAUGGUGAGGGAAAACAAGUAGAGCGUUGUAUCGUUUCCAUAUUGUGUUUUCUGUAAUUGCAACUAUGGAGGUCAUUGUCUCAUACUGAGUUCUAUUAAUGUGCUCAUGUCGUACCAAAGAUUUGUUCUUUUAGAUGUACAUAACAUUUUUUUAAUAUUGUUUUGUUUCUGAACAAACCUGGUACACAUUAAAUACAUGCUAUAGAUGGUGUACAUUCUAUAAAUGUGCAUCUGCCGUCUCUAUACAGUAUGUAUAACCAAACCACAUGCUCUGCUACAAAGACUGCCUAGUCAACUAUCUCUGUCUGCAGUCGGGAGCCUACUCGGUUUGCCAAAUGACAAAAAGUUAAUUUGAUGUAGUGCAAUAGAAACAUUUAUGAAGCAUGUGCAAUGGGGUGUCAAGAUUUGGCAUCUGGCUCGAGUGGGCCCCCCAUAGAUUAUGCCAUCUAUAAUCUGGGUAACUCAUGGGAUUGAUACAGUAUACAUCUAAUUAAAUCCUUUGAAAUGAAAAAAAAACCCAACAACAACCUGUGAGUGAAAUGUGAGGGCAGAGUUACAGCCUUUUAAAUGCCAAUGUGUGCUCUGCUCUGUUUGAUCAAAUUAGGCAGAGCAAUGAACAAGGUGGUCAUUGAGGGAGGUCAGGGAAUUGGUUGGAUCUCUGACCAUCUGUAAAGGCCUAGCAAGCCAUAUUUAUAUAUUUGUUUUCUCAAACAAUGCUUGAUUUCCUUGUGUAACUGAGGUGAGAGGAAUGUAGGUAUGCUGCUGGCCAAUCCUCUGCUGCCUUCUCCUCCCUAUGCCCUCAGAGACAGUGGAGACACAGGGCCCAGUGCCUCAUGGGGGCUUGUUUGGCUGACUAACUGACACGUUGACCUCCAGAUGAAUCUUUUGACCCCCAGAUGAACUCAUCGACUGCGGUGGACUGUCAUUCUGGGGAUGGAUAUUGCCUGUUAACAACAGCCCUCUGUUAGCCAGUGGGCCUUGUGUUCGGACUCUAACAAGAUAAAUGUGGACACUGUCUGUCACCCAUGGGCAUUAUUGCACAUCCUUUACCAUGGACUGAUGCUGAUGAUGCAGGACUGGAACAUUUGUUUGCUUUCAAUGGGCAUGCCCCACCCCCCCUUUAUUCCCCAUUUCCAAAUAACACACUAUGGUUAUAUUUUAAGUCCGGAAAAUAGUUUGUGGUCAUAACUGGCCUCCCACAGACAGGAGAACCAGGAGGAGGGAGCACACCAGGCCACCUACAGUGCAUGUCCGCCCAGGAAGGACAGUGCGUAAGAGGGCAAGAAGAUGGGAAGGCCCGGGAGACGGCAGUUGUUGCUUUCGUGAUGUUUCUCGAUGACAAAAAGUGAAACUUUUUGAAAUGAUCAAAGAUGUCAAUUAAUUCUAUAAAACACUCAAUCAGAAGGAGAAAAAAAACAUUGGGACUUAUUUAACGUGUAAAUAAAUCAAUCAUAAGGAACAAGUUACAUAUUCUGCUUCUUCUGAAACACAAACUGCUUGUGGCCAGAAGAGGAGCCUUAUCCACAACCCAUUGUGAGGGAGGCCGUCUGUCCAGGAGAGUGCUUCAGGAGGGAGGUGAAGAUUCCCACCAAAUGCUCUCCUCGUCUUGUUUUAAUGAUAAAUAUUUUUCUAUUUGCUGCCAGCACUCUCCACCAUGUCACUAUUUCUGCAGAGGUUGUCCAUUACUGAAGUUAUUACUCAUGUCUCUGAGUCACAUCCCCUAACCAGAAACCUAUAUGACAGGGAAUUUUAGAGCCCUUCAUUCUUCUCAAAUUGAUAUUUUGAAAGAGCAUUGUUGUGCCAUGAUAACAUUGUUCCAUUUCCUAAUUUGCCAACCCCAAGCAAACGCACACAUAAUGCUUUGAUAAUGAUAUCAUGAUCUGGUGAACUAGUGGAUUGAGAUAUGCCCCACAUAUUACAUACCAAUUGUUGGUUUACUCAAAAUGGCUUCUGACACCAGUUCUCAUUCCAGGUGACCUUGUAAUAAAUGUUGUGCCAAUGUCUUUACAAAUGGGACAUCCCACACUCAGUUCAAUCUAUGUCUUGUCAUGUCGGGCCUUUUUCUUCAUCCACCCCUACCCCCUCCAAUCCACCUGGCCUGGAUCUCAUGCCUUUGGUGACUUUGGUCUGCCUGUUUUAUAAUGUUCUAUUUCUGUCCGCAUGCUGACGAUUGGGAAAACCACAUACUGAUAUUAGGGUGUGCACUGAACUAGAAACAGACAUUAUGGAGCUAGACUAUUUCCUGUCUGACAUGCCCUAGAACCACAAGCACAUUUCUUCACAAACACACACAUAUAUGCGUGCGCGCACGCACACACACACACACACAUACGCACACACACACGCUCUCACUGGUCACUUUGGUGUCUCUGAAGCCAGCUACUCACUGACCCUCACAUAGCCCUUAAACUCCAGAGUAGAUUGCUCCAGCCACUGCAGAAAGAGAUACGUGUUUUAUGAGGCUAUACUCCAGAGGGACUCUUUCCUCUUUUAUCGACAUCCUGAUAAGUUUGUAGACCAGUCUUCAUUAUUUAGUUACAUUAUUGUUUCCUUGAGCAGUACUCACACCACCAGUCUAGCAAUGGUCUGAACGAUUUUGCCACAAUUUGUAAUUACAAGUUGAAAUAGAGUCAUUUUGAUCACAAUUAAAUUAACCGCUAAUAAGUAAUCGGUUUACCAUUAUCUUUUAUCCAAGAUAAGCACUGACAGGGCCAUUGGAAUGAACAGACCCCGCUGCCUUGCAUUAACUCGUCUUUUGUGCCAUUAUUCUAAUGCCAUGCUGUAUAGGGGCUUUUAGUACAGGGGAUGCAUGCAAAUUGUGCAUGUUUGAGCUGAACUUUAGGAACGUCUGUGCUAGCCCAGUAACGCCGUCAGGCUUUGUUUUUUCCUCUGCUUUGUUUGUUUUGAGUUCUGUUCCCUCUUCUUCCCCCACCCUCAGAGUUUGAGCUCAAAUCCCUGCUGGCAACAGAUUUAGCUGAAGGGGGGUGAAUGAAGGUCUGACGUAUUGCAAAAAAGCCUUUCAUAUUCCUGUGUUUAUGCUCAGAGGAAUGGCUAAAUACAAAUCUCUAGGGGAAAUGAGAGAUGAGGGAAGAGAGAACGGGAAAAUAAAGGAGGAAUAGAAAGAUUUUAUUUUGAAUACAAGGAAUAAAAACGGGGGGAAAAAAACAGGAAUUGUACUGUAUUUGGUUAGAACGAAGUUUCUGUGCCCCAUGCACACUAGGGAAUGCAAUCCUAACAUCUUGCUACACAUAGUUGCUCAUAUACACAUACGGCACAGAGACACCUGCCUAUCUUCUUAAUCCUCCUGUGUGCAGUCUUAUCACGCCUGGUGCACAUGGCUGAGUAUGCAGGACACAGUGAACGGUCUCAUCAUUGUGUACUGCCCCCCACGCACCCCACCCCCCGGGCCCAACAUCUGCCACUGAUGUGCCGUGGCUUUUGAUGCCCAGGCUCUGUCCUUGCGGGUGCACACCGAGUUUGUGCCAUUUUAAACCUGGCCCAGGGAUUUGACCACGGCUCAGUGUUCGGCAGCGUCUCGGCCUCGCUGCUAUCAACACAACACAUCCCCUCCAGUUCACCUCAAGCAACUGCAGUUUCAAUGGCUGGGGACUCUGCAGAGCCCAGAAGGGAGUUAUACUGUAACAGGAAAGGGACUUUAUAGGACCCAGAGUGGAGUUAUACAGUAACAGCAUAGGGAUUCUCUAGGGCCCAUAGUUGGAUAGCUUUAAUACAUACAGUACAGUAGAAGGAGCUUUUACAUUCUUGUAAUUCCCCUCAAUCAGUGUCACCAUUACCGAUGUUCAGGCCAAUAUUUUUCCUCCCUAUUGAUUGCUAUUGUUCCAUGCUGUUACACAUUAUUCUUUAACCUUUUAACCCCAAUUAUCUUAACCCUGGUUUGUAAGCAUCGCUUUGCCAAACUGCAGAGUUAAAUCUAAGCUUAUACAUUAACCUUUGUCUUAAUCAUACUUCAGGUUGGUCUGACAAAGCAUUUUUGCACCCUUAAUUUGAUUUCUGUUAACAAAUAAAGACAAGGAACGCUACUGUCACAGACUUAAUUUUAUUUACACAGUCAAUGUUGAUAUUUGAACUUGCAGUAAAACUGACCGAAAGCAAUAUUAUACUAUAAUUUAUUUUCAUUUUCUGGUCCAAGAUUCUCAACAUUCACCCCUCCCAAAAAUAUCUUAAUGGUCUUUCCAUUUAAUUUCUAUGGGAAUUCCUUCUUUCCCCCUCUUCUAGAGAGGGCAUUUAUUUCUGUGGGAUGUAAAUAUGCGCUACAUUGUUUUCUUCUGUAGUUGGUUUGUUGUUGUUUUUGUUUCAAUAUGUUAUUUUUAUGUACACAGACCUAAAGCAGUGUUGUGGAGACCUGGUCCAAACGUAAAAUAUGGCUCCUCUGAGUAUAUUAUUGUCAGAAAAUGUUUUGUAAAAAUUUUGAUGACAAAAUAAAAAUGAAAGAAAUUUGAAGAUAAA